AUGUCAUCAGAAACCCCCAUAGUUGACGUGGCGGAUGAAGCGUCAGAUGCCCAAUUUCCUGGGAAACUGCGCAAAGGCGAGCUGUACUGGCGCGAUCGUCAACCAUGGCUUCAGGAGCAUGGUUAUAUGCUUCGGCCAAGAUAUAGACCAGAUUGGAAACCGUCUUGGAUUGGUACGAAGAGAUCAUGGAUAAUCUCUGAAGACGGUGUUUCGCCGUCGCACCAUGCAAUUCUCGAUGCUACCCGUAUCGCGGACGGGAGGAUUGUUACACUCAAGAGGAUAUCGAGGUCAAUACAUCCUCACGAGGCGGAGAUCGGUCAGCUUUUCUCCUCUCCACCACUCGCAUCAGACACACGCAAUCACUGCGUCCCCCUAUUCGAAGUCCUUCAGGACCCAAUAAAAGAGGAUAUGUCAAUUCUGGUCAUGCCUCUGCUGAGAAAGUACAACGAUCCCCGUUUCGGGACAAUAGGAGAGGCAGUAGAAUUCUUUAGACAGCUGUUCGAGGGUCUGCAGUUUAUGCAUAAACAGCAUGUUGCUCAUCGCGACAUCAUGCGGCUGAACGUCAUGCUGGACCCUCAAGCAAUGUAUCUACAGCUAUAUCACCCGAAUUUCUGUGAUAAGAAGCUCGACAUGAGCGGAAAUGCCAAGCAUUAUACCCGCACUGAACGACCAACAAGGUAUUACCUUACUGACUUCGGUCUUUCGAGGAAAUACGAUCCGAGCGCUGGUCCUCCCAACGAAUACCCAAUCAUUGGCGGUGAUCGAACUGUCCCUGAAUUCCAACGCGAACGGAUGAACGAAGCAUGCAAUCCAUUCCCUACUGAUAUAUACUGCACUGGCAAUCUCAUACGAGAGGAUUUUUUGAGGAAAUACUAUGGUCUUGAGUUCAUGGAAAAGCUUAUCGAAGACAUGGUACAGGACGAUCCUGCAAAGCGUCCUACGAUCGACGAUGUCGUCUCUCGCUUCGAUGAAAUUCGCAAUUCUUUGAAACGAUCGACAUUACGCUCGCGUCUAGUAGCCAAAAACGAGGAUGUGAUUAUUCGCGUGUUGAUGGGCUUACAGCAUGCCUUCCGUACAACUUCGUUCGUUGUCAGAAGAUUACCUGCAAUCCCCACCCCUUCCGAAUCGACGUCUAUUCAUGCGACAUCUGCUAAGUCCGUCAUUUUCAACGAGUCUACGCCUUCAGAAGCGCGUGCAUCUGAUCUCGCUGCUGCAGCCUCCGUCGCACCUAAUCCACCUCUCUUUACUGCGCCCACUGCUCCGGAGCGGCCACCUUACGACGUCACUCUCGAUGCCAAGGUCCCAGUUACGGAAGCAAAGCACACUCUUUCCGAUUUUUCAGCGUCGAGCCUUGCUGAGCACACUGUAUCAGGAUGCCAGCGGUCGCCCUACGAUAUCACUCUGGUGGAUGCUAAGCUGGAAGCGAAGUCAGAGCGUGUUAUUCCCGAUACUCGCGUGUUAGCUUCUGCCGGACCCGUCACUACGGAGUCAGAUCAUGAGCCCAUUCCUCUCGAUCUUACCGCUGCUGAGAAGUCGUCUCCCCACUUUGUGCCUUCCGAUGCGCCUCCUCCCCAGCCGGUCAUUGCCGACUUAGUCACUUCUGCUUGA